AUGGCCAGAAAAUCGAUCCAAGUAUCUCCAUCGCAGCUUGAAAAGUCCAGCCGUGAGACAUCUCCUCAGUCGAAAACAUCCCCAUCCCAACAGCUUAGCCCUACGUCGACAUUCCCAAAGGGAUCAACUAUCAGACCCGUCACGUCCACAUCAUCAAACGAGCCGGUUCGGGAGCCCGAAAAUGUGACAAACAAGGCUGAACAUUCACAAACACCAGCGAUAACUGCCAUUCCACCAUACCCUCCCUCAUCCCAGCAGGCCAAUAAACACGCCCGUGAUCCAUCCAAAUCUUUCUUCUCCAACCUCAAAGCGUCGAAAUCUGCCCAGAAAAUACAUCUUUCAGACGCGUCCAGUGGCCAUUCAGGAGAAGAAAAAUCUUCGAUGAGUCGAGGGAGCUCUAGGGAUAGGGCUGGCCGUGGCACCGCGACGCGAACGUCACCGAAACCCGAUUCACCUAAACAGACUGACAAACCUAACAGUAUGUAUGCACCUGGUUUCACUCACAUUACAACGCUAACCCUGGCCCCUUGCCCCUUGUCGCUAGGCGAUACAAGUGAAGAUCGCCAGUCCCCCCCUCUGCGCUCCGCAAGCUUAAAACCAGCUGAAGACUCCGCCUCGACUUUCAACCCACCAAUACUUCCACCAUCUUCUUCCUCAGCACCACCCGCACCUGCAGCAAUACAUUCCCUCAACCCAAAGAAAAGCAAGCCACGCUUUGGAGGCUUGCUGGCUCGCACACGCUCCAUCCGUGCUGACGACGGUCUACAAAGCCCCCGUUCAGCCGGGCCCAAGAAACGUCCCUCGAAUGGUCUGCUACGCCUUGAAGAGACCAAUACCGAUACCGAUCCUCCACUGAAGACCGCUCCUCUGCAACAAGAGCGGACAUUCAGAGACGUCAUGGGCUCGACUUCUCGCAACCGUUCCGCCGACCGACCAGCAACUCGAGAUGGCAGUAGAACACUCUCUUCCAACCAGAAUAGCGGCAACUCUCAGCGAAUACAAACUACUGCUAAGCGAGAACGCAGCCAUGGGAGCUCAAUGAUGAGUUCAGUGGCAAGCUCGUCACUUUUUAGCAACAUCAAAAACACCUCCAGCGGUGCCGCAGACCGUAUCGGCAAGGCUGGCAAGGGAUUCUUCGGAAAAAUCGCACGGAGUGGUAGCAGCAACGAACGAGAGGUUGUCCAGGAUGACAACUAUGUGUGCUCUGUUAUUAAUCUGCCUCUAGUUGAGCAGACACGGCGAACCAGAAUGGUGAAGAGUUUGAGAAAUUCCAAGGACAAGACAGAAUUUUGGAUGCCUGCUUUACCAUGGAGGUGCAUUGAUUACCUUAAUUUUAAAGGUUGUGAAGAAGAGGGCUUAUAUCGUGUUCCUGGAAGUGGGAAGGAGGUGAAACACUGGCAACGACGGUUUGAUACAGAACUCGACAUCAACCUAUUCGAUGAACCCGAUCUCUACGAUAUCAACACCAUCGGAUCCAUGUUCAAAGCCUGGCUCCGUUGUCUCCCUGAUGAAAUCUUGCCAAAAGCGACUCAGGCGAAAAUUGCUGCUGAGUGCCCUGGUGCCACCACUGCACCACAGCUACUCAAGGAUGAACUUUCCAAGCUUCCUCCAUACAACUACUACCUUCUCUUCACAAUCACAUGCCACCUCAGUCUCCUCCAUUCAUACGUUGACAAAAACAAAAUGGAUUACCGCAACUUGUGCAUCUGUUUCCAGCCUUGUCUGAAAAUAGAUGGGUAUUGCUUCAAUUUUCUUGUCUGUGACUGGAAAAACUGUUGGCAGGGAUGUUGGACAGAGAAGGAACAUCUUGAAAUCGAGGCGGAGCUCGAUAGGCAGGAGAGGGAAAAGCAACAGCAGCAGAAUGGCCAUCCUUCAGAUACUUCUGCUGUAGCACCUUCGAGGACCUCCGGCGCAACGGGUGAAGAGAGAGCCAUCUCGUCGUCGGGUAGCAGUCAGCCACCGCCACAGGUGCAACAAUCGCCCCAACACUCACCUCAGCAGUCACCGCAGCAAUCGCCUCGACAACAAUCGCGUAACUCUGCAGACUGCACGGACGGAGCGCGUGCUAUACCGCCGAGACAGGACUCGACCCGCUCCGUCAGCCCCAAGAAGACCGCUAAAGAAGUGGCCCGACCCAGCAAUCAUUCGCGAUCAACUUCCCAGCUGCCCGAGCUGGGUCCUCCCUUAUCGCCUAUCCGCUUUUCUACGGAACUGACAACCUGA